AUGGCCUCGGAGGCGGUGAAGGUGAUCGUGCGCUGCCGGCCCAUGAACGAGCGGGAGAAGGCUCUCGGCUGCAAGGCGGUGGUCAGCAUGGAGAGCGCGCGGGGCCAGUGCUUCCUCCAAAACCCCGCCGCCGCCGGCGAGCCCCCGAAGCAGUUCACCUUCGACGGGGCGUACUACCAGGAGCACAACACGGAGCAGAUCUACAACGAGAUCGCCUACCCGCUGGUGGAGGGUGUCACCGAAGGCUACAAUGGCACCAUAUUUGCCUACGGCCAGACUGGCAGCGGGAAGUCAUUCACCAUGCAGGGAAUCGUGGCUCCUUCUACACAGAAAGGCAUAAUACCCAGGGCGUUUGAACACAUUUUUGAGAGCGUACAGUGUGCUGAAAAUGCCAAGUUCUUGGUGAGAGCUUCCUACCUGGAGAUUUACAAUGAAGACAUACGAGACCUUCUAGGAGCUGAUACCAAGCAGAAGUUGGAGCUGAAGGAGCACCCAGAGAAAGGGGUGUACGUGAAGGGGCUCUCUCUGCACACGGUGCACAGCGUGGUCCAGUGCGAGCGGAUCAUGGAGACAGGCUGGAGGAACCGAGCAGUGGGUUACACCCUCAUGAAUAAGGACUCUUCCCGCUCCCACUCCAUCUUUACUGUCAAUAUGGAAAUCUACACCGUAGAUGAGCGAGGGCAGGACCACCUUAGGGCCGCAAAACUCAAUUUAGUGGAUCUGGCAGGAAGCGAGAGACAGUCAAAAACUGGAGCCACGGGGGAGCGGCUCAAAGAGGCCACCAAAAUCAACCUCUCCCUCUCAGCGCUGGGUAACGUCAUCUCAGCCCUGGUCGACGGCAGGUGUAAGCACAUCCCCUACCGAGACUCCAAGCUGACCAGGCUGCUGCAAGACUCUCUCGGAGGGAAUACCAAGACGCUGAUGGUAGCGUGCUUAUCUCCAGCUGAUAACAACUAUGACGAAAGCCUCAGUACUUUGCGCUAUGCUAAUCGAGCGAAAAACAUCAAGAACAAGCCCUGCAUCAACGAGGACCCCAAGGAUGCUCUGCUGAGGGAGUAUCAGGAGGAGAUUAAGAAGCUGAAGGCCAUUCUAGCUGAACAGAUGAGCGUGAAUAACUUGUCAGCCCUGGAAACGAGGCUCCUGCCUGCUGAGACCGCUCACCUGGAAGCAAAGCCAGCUCCCCUCCUCAAACCCCAGUUAGAUCUUGAAGCAGAGAAGCAGCUGAUCAGAGAAGAGUACGAGGAGAGGCUGGCCCAACUAAAGGCCAGCUAUGAAGCGGAGCAGGCGUCCCGCGCCCGCCUCGAGGAGGACAUCAGUAGCCUGAGGAAUCAGUACGAUCUCAAGCUGUCUGCCCUCGAGGAGAACCUCAGGAAGGAAGCAGGUGUGGACGAGGCAGCUGCCGUGAGGACUGAAACUACUCCUGACGAGACACCUCUGCCCGAAGACUCUGUUGCUGCAGCAGAUGAAGAACCAACGUCAGCCCAGGACCCAGCAGCGCCUGGGACGGCCCAAGACGCUGGCGGUGCGAGCAGGGGGAGUGCUGGAGCGGAGGUGGCGGUCACCGCUGAGGGGAUCUCCCUGCCUGCAGACCAGCAGCAGGUGCUCGCCAGGCUGCGGAUGCUGGAGCGACAGGUGGUAGGGGGGGAACAGGCUGAAAACAAGGACCUCAAAGAAAAGCGUAAACGCCAGAAAAAAUACGCGGACGAACGUCGGAUGCAGCUGGUGGCCGCGCUGCAGCAAUCGAACGAGGACAGCAGCGACUGGGUUCUGCUUAACGUCUACGACUCCAUCCAGGAGGAGGUUCGAGCCAAGAGCAAGCUUCUGGAGAAGAUGCAGAAGAAGCUGCGGGCUGCCGAGACUGAGAUCCAAGAUCUGCAGUCGGAGUUUGAGCUGGAAAAGAUCGAUUACCUCGGCACCAUCCGCCGCCUGGAGCGAGACCUGAUGCUCUUCCAGCAGCUGCUGGAUCAGGUGCAGUCCCUCGUCCGGCGCGACUGCAACUACAGCAAUCUGGAGAAGAUCAAGCGCGAAUCCGUCUGGGAUGAGGAAAACGGCUGCUGGAAAAUUCCAGAACCCGUCAUCCAAAAAACCCACCUGCCCGCAGCAGUUCCAGCCCUGCCGCGGCCCAAACCUGCCCGAACGAGCCCCCCGGCCGACAGCGGAGAGCUAACGCCCGAGGAAGACCGCUACAAGCUGGCGCUCAACAGGCGCGACAGCGAGACCAUCGCCAGCAACUACUUCCGACCGACGCGGGCCAGCCGCAUCCUCCACCCCAGCCCAACCAAGGACCGAGACAGGGGCUUCGAUCUCACUUUCCGGACAGCGGAUGAUGCGGGCCUGUCCCUGAUAAAAUAUGGAGAAUUUCUGUAUGACAACUUGAUCAUCUUCUCGCCAUCCAUAGAAGAUUUUGGUGGAAACAUCAAUGUGGAGACCAUCACCGCUUUCAUUGACGGCGGCGGCAGCGUCCUCGUCGCCGCCAGCUCGGACAUUGGCGACCCGCUGCGAGAGCUGGGCAGCGAGUGUGGGAUCGAGUUUGAUGAGGAACGGACAGCCGUCAUCGACCAUCACAACUACGAUAUAUCCGACCCUGGCCAGCACACGCUCAUCGUCGCAGACCCCGAAAAUCUCCUGAAGGCCCCCACCAUCGUGGGGAAAGCGGCGCUGAACCCCAUCCUUUUCCGAGGAGUCGGGAUGGUGGCUGAUCCUGACAACCCGCUGGUGCUGGAUAUCCUGACUGGCUCUUCUACCUCUUACUCCUUCUUCCCAGAUAAGCCCAUUACUCAGUACCCCCACGCGGUCGGGAAGAACACCCUUCUGAUCGCGGGGCUCCAAGCCCGGAACAACGCCCGCGUGGUUUUCAGCGGCUCCUUGGAUUUCUUUAGCGAUGCCUUCUUCAAUUCCGCGGUGCAGAAAGCUACCCCUGGCUCCAAGAGAUACUCGCAGACGGGUAAUUACGAGCUGGCUGUCGCCUUGUCCCGCUGGGUGUUCAAGGAGGAGGGAGUGCUGCGCGUCGGAGCGGUGUCCCACCACCGCGUGGGGGAACUCGCGCCUCCCAACGCCUACACCGUCACCGAUCUCGUGGAGUACAGCAUUGUAAUCGAAAAGCUUUCUGACGGCAAGUGGGUCCCCUUCGACGGAGACGAUAUUCAGCUGGAGUUCGUCCGCAUCGAUCCCUUCGUGCGCACCUUCCUGAAGAGGAACGGCGGCAAAUACAGCGUGCGGUUCAAGCUGCCGGAUGUCUACGGAGUGUUUCAGUUCAAAGUGGAUUACAACCGGCUGGGUUACACCCACCUCUACUCCUCCACCCAGGUCUCCGUGCGUCCCCUCCAGCACACGCAGUACGAACGUUUCAUCCCCUCGGCGUACCCCUACUACGCCGGCGCCUUCUCCAUGAUGGUUGGACUCUUCAUGUUCAGCAUCGUCUUCCUCCACAUGAAGGAGAAGGAGAAAUCCGACUGA